AUGGAGAACGGAAGACCAAGACCUUGGCUUGAUUUGCUAAGUACCGACCCGAAACUCGCUGGAGCACCUGAAACUUCUGCCGAAAGGGACUUGAAUGCAGUUGCAGAACCAUAUGUUGGUAUGGAAUUUGACUCUGAAGAUGCUGCCAAGGAUUUUUAUAGUGAAUAUGCAAGGCAUGUAGGGUUCAUCAUGCGCAUAGAUCAGUGUCGGCGAUCGGAUGUUGACAGGAGAAUUCUUUCUCGUAGGCUCUCCUGCAAUAAGCAAGGGCGUUAUGUAAAACCUAGAGAUCAAGUCCGGCCAGUUCGGAGACCACGACCUAGCACAAGAGAAGGGUGUAAAGCAAUGAUGCUGGUCAAAGUUAAUAAAUCUGGAAAAUGGGUUGUUACAAGAGUUGUUAAGGACCAUACUCAUCCGCUUAUAGUAUCUUCUGGGAUUUCUAUGGAUGAAAGGGAUAUGAAGAUUGAGCAACUCACUAUGGAGCUGGAGCGUGAAGAUCAGUUAUGUGAACUAUAUCAUGGGCUACUACUUACAUUGCUGGAUAAUGUUGAGGAGCAAACAGAACUGAUAUCCAUGAAAGUUAGUGGAAUUGUUAAUGAUGUGAGAGAAUUUGAGACUGAAGUUGAAAGACUUCCACAAAAUGAACUGGACGACAAUUGA